UGAGAGUCGUUCACGCGUUGAGAAAAUAUUACGCCAAAUAUUUUCAACAACUUUCCAAAUCAACCAUGGUUAUUGUUUUGCAGGUCAGAGGGACUGUAAAGUAGUUGUGUUUUCAUAAUUCUUGUAAAAUAGAAUCACCUAGUUUUGACACCAUGGGUCCUGUCAUUUCCCUCACUUGGCCCUACGCCUCCAUUCUGUGGCUCCACCUGAUGUCAGCAUCUGACCGCCCCAUGAGUGAAGGGCAGUUUGAAGUGCUUUGAAGGGGUAGAUAACCCCUAACCCCUUGAACCUACACAGGAAUGCAUAAACAGACGGGUGCAAGUGGGGGAAAUGGGACGGACCCUAUGAGUUGUCCCAAAGUUCUCAUGUCAAAUUUGUUUUUUUUGCAAAAAAGUUGUCUCAGGAUUUGGAAAAACAAAUGAAGGAUGUUCCACCAGUGUUUAACAUCACAGGAACGUUGUGUUUGUAACCUCCUGUCAUGUCCUCCUGUCAGCCUGUGCAUUAUUAAUGCACUAGAUUAAUGACUCCAUUGAGCCAAACAUGUGUCACAAAAAAAUUAUCCCCAAACCAGUAAUGCAACAAAUCCUCCUUCCAGUUGCAAUAAGUCAUUCCACACAUGAUCUAUUGUCAGAGCCGCAGCAGAGCCGGAGUCGAGAUGAGUCUCUGUGUUUUCUAGUUAGAGAAGUUAGUUUCAGGGAAAAAAUACUUUUAGUUUGCGUUUUUUCUAAAGAAACUACUGAACUGAUUUCAUCAGGACCGAAUUGACAACACAACAGAGUCACUGGGAAACACUGCGUGCACACAUGGCGGCCUCCGGCUCUCUGCUGAGUGGGGACCAGUUUGUGUGCUCCAUUUGUCUGGAUGUGUUCAUGGACCCCGUCGCCACGCCGUGUGGCCACAACUUCUGUAUGAAGUGCAUUUCCCAGCACUGGGCUGUCAAUAUCCCCUGCAAGUGUCCCGUGCGUAAGGAGGUUUUCUACACCAGACCUGAGCUGCGGGUCAAUACUUUGAUCUCACAGAUGGCAGAUCAGGUCCGACAGGAAGGCGAGAGGAAGAACCUCGAGGUACCGCGUGCCACGGCAGAAGAUGUUCCCUGUGACAUCUGCACCGGAACCAAGGGGAAAGCCUUGAAGUCCUGCCUGGUGUGUCUGGCCUCCUACUGCGAAUCUCACCUGGAGCCUCAUCUGACGGCGCAAGGUCUGAGAAACCACCAGCUGGUCCGUCCUGUGAAAGAUCUGCUGGGUCGUAUGUGUGUGAAGCAUGACAAACCCAUGGAGCUCUUCUGCAGAAUGGACCAGACAUAUGUCUGCCUACUCUGCAUGAUUUGUGAGCACAGGUCACAUGAUGUCGUCCCGAUGAAAAACCAAUACGAGGAAAGAAAGGCUGAGCUGGACAAGACAGAGGCUGAAGUUCAGCAGAUGAUCCAGAGGAGACGGAUGAUGAUCGGGCAGCUCAAACACUCCCUGGAGGUCAGUGAGGAGAAUGCAAACCGAGAGAAAGAAGAGGCUCUUCGGGUCUUCACUGCUCUGAGGGAGCACGUCGACAGACGCCUGGCGGAGUUUAAUGAGACGAUCAGUGACAAGCAGAGACCACUGGAGACUCAGGCCAAAGCCUUGAUCUCAGAGCUGGAACAGGAAGUCGUUGACCUGGUGAAGAGAAGCGAUGAGCUGGGGAAGCUCUUGUGUUCUGAAGACCACCUCCACUUCCUCCAAAGCGUGUCUUCCCUACCGGAGGCUCCUCCCACCAAAAACUGGAAGGACAUCAGUGUCUGUCAACCAUCAUAUAAGGGUACAUUGCAAAUUUUUGUAGCUGAGCUGCAAACGAUGCUCUUUGAAGAGGUAAAGAAGUUCUUCGAGGCCGAGCUGAAGAGGGCCCAGCAGUACGCAGCAAACGUGACGCUCGAUCCCGACACAGCGAAUCCCUGGCUCGUCGUGUCUGAAGAUAAGAAGCAGGUGAAGUUCGGUCGCGUCAGCAAAAAUCUCCCAGACAAUCCAAAGAGAUUUUCCUUCUAUGCCAGUGUCUUUGGAAAGCAGAGUUUUACCUCAGGAAGAUUUUACUUUGAGGUCCAGGUUGAAGGGAAGACAAAGUGGGACUUGGGAGUGGCCAGAGAGUCGGUCAACAGGAAGGGGCAAAUCAUGCUAAACCCUCAAAACGGAUACUGGACGAUAUCGUUAAAGAAGGAAAACCAGUGCACAGCUUUCGCUGAAUCACGCAUCCAUCUGUCUCUGAAUCAUCUGCCCAAGAAGGUGGGGGUGUUUGUGGAUUAUGAGGAGGGUCUGGUCUCCUUCUACGAUGUCGACGCUGUCGCUCUCAUCUACUCCUUUACCGGGUGCUCGUUCAACGAGACACUCCACCCAUUCCUCAACCCCUGCAGUAGUGAUGGAGGGAAAAACUCCGCCCCUCUGAUCAUCUGUCAAGUCCAAAACCCCAAACUGCCCCGAUUGCCAUUAUUUCGAACAAUGAGAAAUAAAUUAUCGGAAAUGUGAAUUAAACAGGUGGAAUAAAGUGCAACUAUGAAGCUGAAUAGUAAUGAUUUGUCAUUAUAACCAUGUGACCAUGAGUCUAUGGAGACGGGUAUUAGUUCCGUGGGAAUUUACAUUAUUGUUCUUUUCAGAUUAUGGUGAAGUUAGUAUUUUAAUUUUUUUCUAGAUAUUUCUCUUUUACGUGACUCGUUGCUGUUAAGUUUGACCUGAUGGGGUUUAUCUUUUCUUUUCUUAUGAGUGCAAUAGGCUUUUAAGAGUUUUAACUACAUCGCAAUAUGAUGGAUUAGAUUAAGAAUUUGCUAAAUGGAAAAUUCAGAAUGAUUAUUACACCAUGAAUUUAUUUGUACUAUUGUAUGUAAAAUGUGUGAGUUUUUCUGUUCGUGGUAAGAUUUUGAAAUAAAUAAAAGCAAAUUAAAAAAAGACAAGGCUGUGUAAGUACAUUUGUUUAAAAAACAAGGAAAAAUUAAUGAAUGAAAUAAAUAAAUAACUAAAUAAGCAUGCAGAAUAAACGGAAAUAUAAAGAUCGAAUUAACACACACAAUGUAAAUCAAAUAUUUACAGUGUGAACAGAAUCUAAAAUUGCACAUCAGAUAACAUAAAUGAAAUUGUGUGUUCCACAUUGAACCAAGUUGAACCCGAGUGAGUUUUCACUGCAGAACGUCGACUGGUUGAACAGUCAAUCCGCUGCAGGAAGGAACAACACGUUCAUGUUUAUCUUUUCUGACUUCCCAUAUUGUCAUGCGUUGUUAUAAUUCAUGUUCCACAGUCUGACACACUGUAGACGCCUCUUGCAGAGGUGGGAAAAAAAGUUGAAGGAAGUGAAAUGUUUCCAGUAAACGCAGGAUGUAACAACAGGCGCGACGUCUCCGGAUGGAAUGAGACAUGGAAAACAUAGAAAAACAAAGAAAUGAAGACAAAUCCAACGUGUCUUGUUUCUAUUGUCUCUUCAUGUAUGAAUUGACCGUGUCAUAAUUAACUGAAGAAACAUGUUAAAUGAUCCAGGAUUUAUUAGGCUUGGUGAAGGUAUGUUUCAUUUUCACAGGUUAUAUUUCAUUGGUCUUAAUGACACAAUCACAUCAGGCACAUCUUGGGGACUGAUCAGCUGUCAGUGUGUGUGAUUCGGUGCGACUUUAGGUAACUAACUGUUGGGCCGUGGUGCAGGUUUGAGCGUGACUGAGUCACAUUCUAGUCUUUGAAAUGCAGCGACAGUCGAAGCUCUUAUCAAGCGUUCAUUAAGAAACGUAACGUACGUGUUGCUCCUUUACAGAGCCUCUA